GUACGACCAGGCUCUGGAGUACCACGGUCAGGCGCUGGUGCUGAUCCCCCAGCACGCCUCCACCUACGCAGCUAUAGGAUAUGUCCACAGCCUCAUGGGAGACUUUGAGAGUGCCAUCGACUACUUCCAUACAGCGCUUGGACUGAAACGAGAUGACACGUUUUCCGUGACGAUGCUUGGCCACUGCAUCGACAUGUACAUUGGUGAAACAGAUGCCUACGAAGGUACCGACAUCGGCGACAAGGUGCGAGGAAGCGCCAACACGCAGACGCUGAUGAAGGCGCUCAACGCGACGGAGCUCACGGAAACGUUGGCCUCGCUGUGGCUGGAGGACGUUAGCAGCACCAUGAUGGGGGAGACGCCGUUAUCCCACCAGGACAAGAUGGUCCUUGACGUGCCCCUGCGGCUGUCCCUGACGCUGGAAUGCGACACGUACGAAAGCGACGUCAUGUUGGACACCCUGUCUGACACCAGCAUGUGAUUUCGAAGCAACAAGGUUGUCAUGGAGACGACACAACCAAGAGUGGAAGGCAACUUAGCAUGUGCCUUUGUUUGGGGGUCUAAAAUGAGAUCUGGACUUAAAUACUAGGCCUCGGAAAGAUGCUUGAUUGUUUGGAGCUAACACAAUCUUAACCUCAAAACUUCAAAAACUGUCGGCACUUUUUUUUUUUUUCAAUGCUUUUCCUCUCAGCAGUACCUGCGGAUUUUUCAUCAAGACGUCAGAGCCGCAACCGUAGACAAAAGUGCAAGGAAGUCCAUUCAAUAAAUCAUGCAUUUGUCUUGAAA